AUGUUGUUUCAAAUCCCUGUGGACUUCCCCAGCUUCCUGGGGAAAACCUGUUCCUUCUGGCUGCCCCUUCCAGCAUCUCCUCCCAACAUAUUUGGAGUGCCCGGCCAGGAAAGCUGCUCUGCCCUGGAGUAUUUCCGCGCUCCCAAAGCCGCCCAGCCCAAGCAGAGAGCGGGCUCCAGCCCCGUGCCGGCCGUGGGGCACCCGCGGGGCGCCCAGCAGGGCGAGGAGGAGCAGGGCAAAGACUCUGCCAACCAUCCCGGAGCCCCAGCGGGGCGCCCUGGCUGGCGCCUGGACCAGCAGCUCAAACAGAACGGCAGCGUGACCUGGAGCGACGAAGGCGACGGAUGCCGGGGCAGAGAAAUCUCCCGAGACUUUGCCAAGCUGUACGAACUGGACAGCGAUCCUGAGCGGAAGGAGUUCCUGGAUGACCUCUUCAUCUUCAUGCAGAAGAGGGGAACUCCCAUCAACCGGAUCCCCAUCAUGGCCAAGCAGAUCCUGGAUCUCUACAUGCUCUACAAGCUGGUGACCGAGAAGGGUGGGCUGGUGGAGAUUAUCAACAAGAAGAUCUGGAGGGAGAUCACCAAAGGCCUUAACCUGCCCACCUCCAUCACCAGCGCUGCCUUCACCCUGCGCACGCAGUACAUGAAGUACCUCUACGCCUACGAGUGCGAGAAGAAGUCGCUGAGCUCCCCGGCCGAGCUCCAGGCCGCCAUCGACGGCAACCGGCGCGAGGGCCGGCGGCCCAGCUACAGCUCCUCCCUGUUCAGCUACUCGCCCUCGGCGCCAGCGCCUCCUUCCCUGCUGUCCCCCCCCAAAAUCCGCUUCCCCAUCAUCGGCAUGGCGCCGGGCAGCGGCACCGGCAACCCCCGGGUGUCCCCGGCCGUCAGGAAAGGUGACGGCGUGCCGCUGAGCGUGUCCAUGCCGAGCCGCAUGGCCGUGCCCGUGAGCCUGGGCGGGCAGCAGGGCGCCGUGGCGGCCAGGACGGCCACGCUGGAGCAGCUGAGGGAGCGGCUGGAGGCGGGAGAGCCCCCGGAGAAGAAGGCGGCGCGGAUGUCGGAAGAGGAGCAGCGGCUGGUGCAGCAGGCGCUGCAGCGAAACCUGUUCAGCGUGGCCCGGCAGAUCCCCAUGAAGAUCAAAAUCAACGGGAAAGACAAGGGCGACUCGGCGGCUCUGAACCUGUCCCACAAUGGCAUCGGCAGCAUCAACAUGUCUGUGGAGAUCAACGGCACCACCUACGCUGGGGUGCUGUUUGCCCAGAAGCCCGUGGUGCAGCUCCUGGCCGGCUCGGGAACGCAGAGCUCGUGCAGCAGCAGCAGCAGCAGCAGCAGCAGCAGCAGCUCCCACUGCUCCCCCAGCCCUACCUCAUCGCGGGGCACGCCUGGCGCAGAGCCCUCCACCAGCUGGUCCCUCUGACGGGCACUGCCCCGGGGCACACAGAUACCUCACCUCAAGGAACCUGCUCUCGUGGCUGGCCAGCAACAGGAGGAUGAUGAUGAUGGUGGUGGUGGUGGUGGUGGUGGUGAAACCUUCCCAUGCCAGCGAGUUUUCCUUCAUUGUCUCUUUGUCCGGCCUUUUUUUGCUUUGUUUCCCCCACCCUUUCCUUCCACCCAUUUGCUCUUUGUUUCCUCCUCCUCCUCCUCCUCCCAGGGUUUGUGGUGUUCCCUUGCCCUGGAGGGGGCACACCUGGCGUUUCUCAAUCAGGGAUGGGCUCCAGACAUGGCCGGGAUGUCACCAGGGCAGGGCUGGGAACCCCAGUUGUGCUGGAACCGCCAGGGCUCUUCCCAGCCACGGCUCCGUGUUUUGACAAUCCUGGGAGCCAGGGGUGCCUGGCCCUGUCCUCCCAUGGCAAUCUGCUUGUGCUCCUUCCUGCUGUGGCUCCUGAGCCUCCCUCCCCUUCCUCUCCAGGGUUUUGGCACCAUCAGCUGCUCUGGCUGGUGCCAGCUCCCCCCUGGAGCCCUGGGCACCCCUGAGUGUCCCGUGUCCCCUGAGCAGUGACACGGACAGCCUGGGCACGCUGCUGGGGCUCCGUGUGCCAGCCCUGGGCUGGCCCAGGCUCCCUGGAGCAGCUCUGGGAGCUCUGCCGGGCUGAGCACAGGGGUGCUGCUGGCAUCCAGCCGGGCACCUGGCUGUGGUCAGUGUGGGGAUCUGGGGCUCUGAACAGACCCCCCCUCCGAUUGUACCCCAGCAGGGGAAACCUUCUGCUCCCCAGGGAGAGGCAGAGCACAGGGAACCCAGCCCUUCCCAGCCCUGGCACCCCUGGCUGGAAGCAGAGCCGGAGUUCCCUGCUCUGUGAAUCAGCUGCUCCGGUGGCCUCGUGCUGUCCCUGUCCUUCCCCGUGCCCCUGGUGACGUCCCUGCCAUCCCUCCUGCCCCAGUGACGUCCCUCCCGUGCUCCAGGCCCAAGUCAGGUUUUUUUGAGCAGAUGAAAUACCUCAGAUAUGUACUUGUUGGGUUGGUUUUGUUUGUGUUGGGUUGGUUGUUUUUUUUUUAACCUCUUCAGGAAGUAUUGGCAUAUCCUAUCGCUUGGGGGUUUUCGUUAGGUGGGUUUGCUGACUUUGUGUUUGCUUUUAUUUGUGUUCGCUUCUAAACCGAUCACCAAAGACAGGGAGUUCAGACAAGGCUGAGCAGAGGAGCAGUGGCUUCCCCACCCUCCAGGAGCUGAGCUCCAGCACCAUCCCAGGACCUGUGUCCGGUGGGAAAACGGGGCCAAAAAGGGAUCUGUGCCUUGUCCUGGCUUUCCCCAGCUCUGGGCUCUGUGCUGGUGCUGCCUCCCCCGGCGUGCUGGGGUUAUCCUGCCCCGCCAGGAGCUGGGAAUGCACAUGUCCUGAAGGGAUGCUGCUGUUCCCGGUGCCCUCCCUGUGCCUGGGGGAGCCAGGCUGACCCUGCAGCCUCCCUGGCAUUUCCUCCCCGCAGACCCCCAGAGGAUUUUGCAGCCUCUGGGACUCUUAUCAGAUGAUUUUUAAAUUUUUUUUUUUUUCCUUUUAGUUGUUUUUUUGUUUGUUUUUUAUUUUAUUCGGGGGUGGGGUUGGAGCUGUUUCCUCUGAGUGGGACUGGGGCACUUUUUGCUUUUCCCUCUGCUCUGCUCCCCAGCCCCGGGGAGCAGAGGCUGCUCCGGGGUGGGGUUGCUUUGUCUCACUUGCUAACGUUGUGUUUUCUUGCACAGAAAGGCACUCGAAUCACUGAAUUGCUUGGACACUACUAGAGUAUUAAUGUUUAUAAGCUUUACUCAACCUAGACUGGAACUAGCCAGGGACUAACAGAUUGUUUUGUAUCCAAUUCAGGGAAAGAAUCAGGUCUGGAAAGCCUAACAGAUACCUCAGUUAAAUAAGCUGCAACAAUAAACCGGUCCUUUUCCCAGCCCAGGGUGACAAGGACCAUGCAGACUGUGAAGAGUUAACCCUUUCCCUCGGCCUGGCUUUGGCCCUGGCAGCCUGAGCUGCGGGUCUCCUGCUGAGCUGCCAGGCUUUGGGUUGGGGGUGCUGGAAACCAGCAGAGAGCGGGGGAGGCUGGGCGGGGGCCGCCGCAGCCCCGCGCGGUUCUCAGGGUUUGAUGCUGCCAGCAGGACGUUCCCGAGGGCUCUGCUCCCGCUUUGCAGCGUCGCUCCAUCCUCCCCCAGCUCCACACACCAGCCAAAAAAGUACAAACACCCAGCUUGCUCCCUCCCCCGGCGCUCCUGGGGGGAAAAGCGAGCCGAGCCCGCUGCCGGGGCUGCGGGGAGGGCGCGGAGGGUGGGAUGAGGGGAGGCUCCCGCGGCGAACGCGAACGUUCCCAGGGGAGACUGCGAUCAGAUGUUCUCCCCAACCAGCUGCAGCAGCCUUGCUAACUAGUUUUCUUACCUAUUUAAAAGAAAAAAAAAAAUAAUAAAUAAGUAAAUAAAAACAAACGUGAUAGCCUAGGCGGUGGAUAAAUACCUCAACGUCUCCUUCCAACAAGUGUCUGUAUAUGUUGUUGUUGGUUUUUUUCUAUCUUACAGGUUAUCUGAAUGUUUAUAUUCCAAUAAACUUCUACCUCUUCACACCGUGA